CUCUUACGACUAAUGCAUCGUGAUCGAUAUAAUUUUAUUUAUAAUUUAAUCCAGUCAAUCUAAUCCCAUUUGGAAAUACGAUUACGAUCGAGAAAUUAAUGUUUGCGAUGGAAAAGAAGAUAAUAAAGUGUUGAUCGAGCUCUGAAGAAUUUGCAAGUGAAGAUAUUUGUCUCUUAUCGCUUGGUGAAGUGCAUUUUUAGGUUAGGUUCUUAAAGUUUUUCAAUGAAGAAGUGUUUAUGCCUUCUUAUGUGUCUAGAAGUUUAAAAUUCUUGUAGAUUCUUACGCAAACAUGAGUUUUGUACUUAUAAUAUUGCAAAAUGGGUAAAACAGCGAAAGUUUUUGAUACGCGAGAUAAAAGCCAGUCUGUUCGAGAUAUAUUUCCGAAAUGUGUAAAAAAGAAAAAACGCAAGAAAGAUUUGGACAAUCUUCGAAAGCAAGUCGUAGCAAGUAAGCAUGCAAUGAAGAAUCCCGCAAAAAUUAAAGCACGAAAGACGCCAUUCGGAAAAACGCUUACUGAUUUCGCUGAGAGGAGACAAGCGAUCGAAGAUAACACUCAGGAUAUCGAAAAAGUGAAAAAACAAGAACAGAAGAAAAUAUGCCCAAAACUUCUUGCAGAUCCGUUUAUUGGAUUGUUUAAAAAUGGAGCGAGAGGCAACGAAGUGAACAGAGAGCACGGAUUUUUCAAUGAGACUGAUAAAGCACGAUUCAAUGGAAAUGUCUUUAGGCUACUUCGUGGCGAUGAUUCUAUAGUAGAGAAAGCCGCGGAUGGUUUACAUGAUAAAAAAAGUCGAACUUCGCCUGAAGAUCCAAAGCUUUCAAGGAAUUUUAUCAAGCCAAGUCCGGUACUUGUGAAAUCACUAAAAAAUAAGCGGAAACCCGGAUUACUAAAGGCUGUAAAAGAAGAAAAGUGUGGUCAGAAGCCUAAUUUGCAAGGAGCUUCACGAAAAUAUGAUACGGAUUCAUCUGAAAAUUUUGAGGAAAUUUCUGAAGAAGAUAUAUUCGACAGCUUAAUGAUGAAAUAUCAAAAGAAAUCUGGAAACGAAAGAACUGAGCUUGGCCAAAAAGUUGCGUCAAAAACUGUUGAUGAUGAAUAUCAACGUGGAAGAGAACUAGUAAGAAGAAAUCAAGAAAGCCCUGAAAAAAGCAAAUCGUUCUCAAUAGAAAGAUGUAAACAAAUUUGCGAUAUGGUUUCACAGCAAAUUGCAUCCGAAAAUUCCUUCAUGAGUUCUGAGAACGAUCCACUUAAGAAAACAAGAUUAUCACUGAAGCGCCUCUAUUGCGAUUCACAUCGGCAACAAUUAUUGAGGGAUAAAGUUGCCUCCCCAGAAACCGACAAACUUUCGACCAGCAGUCUCGAUUCGAUCGAAACCCAAAGAUUUGCCAAUCAUCUCAAGGAGAAAAGUCAAGUCAAAGGAUCGAAAGAAAAGCGUCUAUUUGUAUUCAAAUUAAAAUACGACAAUUGCCAGGAAAAUAUAGUUGACCUAAACCAAAUUACUGAAGGUCCUAAGUCACAAGAAGAGCCUAAAAAAUAUAGAAAAGAAAAGCUUUUGAAGCUAAAGAACUCCUCGAUUGCAUCAUCAUCGGAAGCAAGUUUCAUUUCCGAAAUAAAAAGCAAUUUUGAUUUGACAAAGGAUACACAAUUAUUCUUUAAUGACUUCUUGUCAAGUAGUACAAAGCCCGCGAAAAAAUUAGCUAAAGAAUGCCAACUUUUUCGAACUCAUCAUGAAAAAAACGUGGCUCUGCAUGAGAGCAAUAAUCAAGAUUCAAAACACGCACCAUUUAUUCUCCGUCGAUCAGAUAAAUCUGCGAAAAAUAUUUUCAAAGACGCGUUCCACGAUGUCCCGAUAGAGUCGCCAAUCAAUUUGAGUCAAACCGAAUCAGAGGACUCGAUAAAGUUCCUGAAGACUCCAAAUGCGAAGAAAGUCGCGCGUGAUGAAAGAUCGCGUCUUUUGAAUUCCAAGUUGAACUUUAUGGCAGCUAAAAACAGACAAGUCCAGUCGCGGAUAACACGUUCACCCGGCAGGCUAUAUUCAACUGGAAAAUCAGAAGAGAAGAGGAAACAUGUUUUAAGAUUUGAGGACUUGUUCAAACACGUAUCGCCGCAUCAUUUUUCGCAUAAUUUUCCAGCGCCACAACCAUCGCAUGUCGAGACAAACAUGUUUGUUAAUCAAGAAAGAUCAAGCUUGGUUCAACAACAGGAUUCUAGGACUCAACGGAAAAGACAUUCCAGCAGUUUCAAACCACAAGUGAGAAAUGAGGAGCAAGUUAGAGUGCAGAGUAGGAAUAUUCAAGAUAUUCAUCAGCAAGGACCUGGUGACUGUCGUCUGAUUUUAUUGCAGCCGCCACCAGAAAACUAUCCUCGGAGUUUUGAAGAUAGGAUUGAUCAUCACGGAAACAUUCAAUUUUAUGAAAAUCCCCAACAACCAAUAAAUUGUUUACAGCCUUCCUUCUUCUCAUCCGCUGGAACUUCCAAGCAGCCAUCUGACCUAAAUAUCAUGAAUGGAGUUGGAAAUCUUAAUUUAUUGGCAAGCACAUUAGGCCAACCCGUAAUUGGCCAACCAGUAAUUCACCAAUCAUCAUCCAAUCCCCAGAAUCACCCAACAAGUCAGCCAAUUAAGUUUGUAGCCCUGGAAAAUAAUCAGCAAGUUCAGCGAAGAGUUCCGAUUUAUUUUCACGACAAUAAGCCUUACAUUGCAGUUUAUCCAACGAGUGAGCCAAAUAAAAAUAAUUCACAAAACUUUUUCCCUCAAGAGUAUGUGCAUCACGCGAACGUUCCAUUUGUGCAAAACAAACCGCGUGUUGUCUCUUGUAUGCAGUGUGCCAACAACAGUGCUUCCGGUUCUCUAUUCUGUCAUCAGAAUUUGCCCAGUGCGCCACCUAUGGCACAUCAGAACUCAUUUCCGGCCAAUCAUCAACACUUGUAUGACAUCGAUAAGGCAUGUAAUGCGAGUGGCCCUGAAGUGAGGUUUAUAAACGGCAAUAAUGUGCAACACGGGAUCCAAGUUUUAGGAUUUGAUGAAAGCCAUGCAGGAAAUCAUGGACUGGCGCAAGUCUAUGUUACGGGCCGGCAGGAUCUUUGAAGUUUGAGGGACCCUUGGCAGCGAGAGAUUCGACACCAGCAUUGAUAGUUGCAUCAAGUAUUGUUUGUUUCUUCCUGAUACCAGAACUUGCAUUGAACUGAAACUGAACAAAUGCGUACAACUGGAAAACAAACUUUUCGACAUAUUCUAAAUGUCAAUUAAUUGUUAAAAUAUUAUACAAGUGAAUUAGGUUGUUAAAAAUUAACGGAGAAAAUACUCACAACUUGUAUUUUAUUCUUGAUCUCAAUCGGCCACUAUUCGAGUUUAUGUCGAAAUAAACGCAGGUAAUACGUCUUUGAAGUGUGAUUAUAAAUUACAAGUUAUUUAUUAUUUAUUAAUAUUAUAAACUUCUAAUAAAUAUUUUUUUGUUAUCGAUUGUUUUAUAUGCAUAUAUGUACGUUAUCAAGCUGCAUACUUGUCUAGUUUUUGUUAUGAUUUAUACCUAUAUGCUGAAAAACAUAUAUAUCAGAUGCACAUAUUGUAAGUUUUCGUUAUCCAUAAACCAUGUAUGUAAAUGGUUAAUAAAAAGAGACACUUACUUCAUUUGGAA